GUGAAUGUUAAUUUACGUUUAUAGCCUAGUAUAAAGUUCUGCAUUAUUAGUCAAAGAGUUAAUUAAGAAUUUUAUUAUAGAUCAUAUUGCUUGAUAUAGGCUAUAAAUCGAAUCAAUCACUGCAACCUAAAUUACAUGAACGUUAUGCUAUAUUUAUCUAUUGCUUUUAGGGAAAUUAAUUUGAAUUUUUGUGACGCAUAUUCAAUGCAAAAUGUGCAAGUUCUCGUAGGCGGGAUAAUAUAUGAAAGAAAAUACAUAGGCUGGGCUAUGUCACAAUGAUAGCUUUAGGUGCAUGUGUAGUUUGAGAGUGCGCAGACGUGGCCGGCUGGUGGCGACAGUAACAUGCAGGCAUGUUCACUUGAACUCCGCGGUGACCGCAGUGGAUGCCUGUAUAAAUAUCUGCUUAAAGUGAUUUUUAGGUCAAGAAAUAUAUUUGAAAACAUUUAUGUUUAAAGACCAUCAUUUUUUGUUAAUCUUAAUGUUCUAUUAAUUAGAGGGAAAUUGUAAAUACAGAGGUGUUUUCCCACUUAUUCAUCAUCAGAUCUGACGCAUUCCCUGUGCAUGACAUUAGAGAACUUAACUAAGCUACUUGACUGCAUCCUAACUGAUUUCUCUGUGAAUGUUUACUGUGUUUCCCCCGCAAUGCUCUGUGUAGCGAUGCGCUGAAAAAAACUGCAACAUCAAUACCUGUUUCCUCUAAAAUCAUACUGCUUUUGCUCCAUGCGGAAAUACGAUGGAGGCUCGGUCCAUGUUUAAGCAAGCAUAUUUUUUUUGUGUCAGAUAUUAUUUGUGUCUUCCACAUCUGCACUACCCAGCCAAGCGCAGGAAAAGCCAAUGAAACGCGCUCUAGUCCGUGACGUCAGUGACGAUGGUGCCCUCUCGAUGACUUCCUGUCCUGGAGCGACUGACCUCCGCGUGAACCUGAGCCCGGUCUCGAGCAGAAGCGCGUGUCACAUAGGCCUUAAAUUUGGAAAAGUAAAAAAGAAAUUGUUUUUAGGCCUACUCCAUAAUGUUCCGUGUAAAUAAUGCUCUCAGUUCAUUCUGAUAAGAUUAUGUUAAGAUGGCGUUAAUUUCCGCCUAUAGCCUAAUCUCUUUUAAUAAUCAAACCCUAGGAAUAUCUAGCCUUAAUGCAUGUGUCGUGAAAAUAAAUAAAUAAAUAAAUAACCAUAAACUAGCCUAAUUUUCCAUAGUUAAUCAAGGCACCGACCUUUAACUUAGGCUACUGAACUAACAACGCAAAUUGAUUUGUAGCUCAUAAUUUUCGCCAAAAAAAAAAAAAAAAAAAAAAAAAAAAAAACUUGGGUGAAAAUAUCCUAUCCUGAAAAAUGUUAUAUUUGGCAAAUUGAAUGUAAAUUAAUUCUCACAUUAGCUCGUAACAUAUAGGCAUAUAUGAUUUAAAAAAAGUCUGGAUAGAAAACUGCCGUUGACGCUGCUACGUACUCUAAUUUCAUUCCUUUAGACGCAUCCUGGAUUUUUGCAGACUGAAUAUGUUUUAUUAAUAGGGCACAAGGAACAUCGGAAAAAAAAUGUAAUUAAUUAAUAUAAAACGGUCAACAGGAGUAAAAAAAAUCUGACAUGUGCUGGCAAAAUAAAUAUUUAAAAGACCUCUCUUUAAACUCCUAAAUCAAAACAUUUCAAAUAAUGUGCUUAAUUAUUAAUAAUUCACAGUUUAUUAACUAAUUUAUACUGCAUGCAAAAUUGUAUAGGUUAUAUGUCGUUAAAGAGCCUACGAACUCAGCUGUAAGUUAUGUUUGUAGAAAAUCAUACAAAUGCAAGGUUUAAAAUGUAAAUUCAGAAAGAAGGCUGUAUGAAAAUUAAAAUAUACAUUAAAGUAUAAAAUAGUAUCUUUGUAAUAAUUCAUACUUUAUAUCGGACAAAACUGCGUAAUUAAUCAUUUAUAAAGUUAAAACUAAUAACUAGUAAAGUCAGAGUGAAUUUUUAAAAAUGAACCAAAACAAAUGUGUAUUCACAUUGCAGCCUUUUCUUUAGUGUUAAAAAAAUAUAUAUUAUUGUCAACUAAACAUUGUUACAAAAUAUUUACAUAUAUACAAAUAUACUUAAACCUCACUUUCAGGACUUGUUUUCAAGGAUUUAAAGGUUUAAAAAUAAAUAAACAAAAACUAAUAAUUUUCCGUAUAACAGGCUGUAAGGCAGAUUGUAGUGACAGAUUGUCUUUUAUAGGCCUAUAAAAUUAAACCAUCGGUUAACAUUAAAGUGGCACUGGCGCCCUGCUGCUAGGCCUAUUCAUACCAUCUAACCAUCCAAACAAACAAACAAAUAAUAACUUGAAAUGGCAACAACUUUUGCACUUGAUAGAAUAAUUAAUGUGGAGUGCAUACAUUCAUUUUGUACACGCUUACAUUUCCAUCAGGCUAAGCAACAGCAACCGCGCAGAUCCUCACUUCGAUGCGUAUAGGCUACUACUACUAAUUAGGCUAUUAUUAAUCUAUAUACCCGCCAAAUAAUAGCAUACUUGUAUUAUUCUACUAUUAUUAUUAUUAUUUUAUUUUACUAUUUUUUUUAUUCUAUAAUACAAGCUAUUUUUCUUUCUUUAUCAGUCAGGAUGUUUGUUUGUUUAAUCAGAAAGAAAAUGUUAUGACUUUCGCGGUGGGGUUAAAGGCUACAUUUUUUUUUUUUUUUUACGUUACCGCCUUUUUCGUUUAGUUUUUGUUUACUUUUUGAACACGUAGAAUAACCAAAUUCAGGUUUUCCCAUUACAGUAAAGUAUUUAGAGACAUUUAGGCUAGUGUCUUUGUAAAGCCGUAACAUAAGUGUCUAGUUAAAUGGUCUAUAUUAGCUAUAGCCUAAUAUAGCCUACGUUAAAUUUGAAAUACCUUAUAAACUUGGAGCCCCUAUAUUGACACGACACUGGUAAACUAGGGUAUCUCUGAUAACAUUAUAAUAUUUUCAACUAAAAAAACGUUCUCUUUAACAGUGAAUAGCCUAAUCCUUGUAUUACAAUUUUCAUUGAUAUCACAUGGGCCGCGAGAGUAAGAUUAACGUCAAUAAAUGUUAAAUUCGCUGAAUCUUAACCAACAGCCUGACACAGAGAACCAAACCAUGCGGCCAAAUAUUUUGAUAUGGUGAAGUUUGUUGGUUCAGGUUUUCUGAAAUAGAAAUAAACAUAUUUAAAAUAAUUAAAUAAAAUAUAGGCAACAUAUAGGCCACUAUAUAUGUUUUUAGCCUAGUAACAGUUAGGCCUAAUUGUUAGGGCUACGAAUAAUGGUGCUAGUUCAUCUCAACGUUUGCGAGUGCAUGUAGUUUUUAUUAUUAUUAUUAUUAUUAAGUUUGAUUAUGUAUUAUCAAAUCUAUCAUUCAAAGUAGCCUAAUUUAAGGCUUGUGAAGGUUAGGAACAAAACGUCUAGAAAUAUUUAGCAUGUUAGAGUUACUAGACAUAUAUGUAUAGCCUACCAUAAACACUGUCCAUCAAUGAACGCAGUAUUUUACGUCAAGAGGAACGGAGGGUCCUGUUAGAUUUAUGGAGGUCACAACAGCGUCAAAUAUUGAGCUCGUUCCAAUUAAAUGCGUUAUGAAAGAGAAACGCAAUCUCAAUUCUCGCGGUGUUACAUCUGAGGUUGCCGAGCAACCACAGAUCAUCAACAAACCCUGCGAGGACGCGCACAUGACAGCGAAAGACUGUAAACAAAUGUUGAAAUUCUGUCGUAAACAAACAAUCAUGUCAUACAAAGGAUUCGUGAGCCAUAGCAAAGUAUCAAAACAGGACCAGGAGUUUUACGACUUGAAGAACAAAGCCGCAGAGUAUUACAGGUCCAACGGGGUCCCGCAGAAGAUAGAGAGCGUGCUGAACGAGAUGUUUUGGCAGAAGCCGGAUGAUAUCUAUGGUUAUCUGGCAAACUAUUUUUCCAGGCUCUCCUGUACUCCUGUGAUUAGUAAAAUCACCGGAAGGGAGGUGUUUGACGGAAAAGGAUUGACAGCAGUUCAGACCGAAGUGCACUGCAUCAUCAGAAAUGAGGAAAAGAUGGUGUGCAGUGCAGUGAUGGGGGGCUCUUGUGAUGGUUUGGCUGAUGGUAUGGCAGAGUCUGGGGAGGCGGUUUCUAAUAGCGACCAGCAAUGUCUCUCCAACACAGCAGCUCUGAAGUGGAUCAGAGAGCAUCUCAGUCCAAUGCUGCAAGGCUUCAACCCCACUGACCAAAACCAUGUAGACAAAAUACUCAGAGAUUUUUUGAUGGCACGUUACCUGGAGCACAAAGGCAGUCUUAACAGAGAGAAGGAGUUGAGUAAUGAAACAGUGUCUGAGGCUCCGCCCCAGGCCACUCCCACACUGCCCCCUGCCAAAGACAAGAAAAAUGGUGAUAAAGGUAAAAAAGGAAACAGCACGGAGAAGCUACUCCCUCCUGCAGAACCCCCAGAGCCAAGGCUGCCAGGGGCCACGGCAGUUGGUGUUAUUUCUUUGGUGGUGGCUAAAACCGCUGCCAGACUUUUAGGAGCACCCCUAUACCGACAUAUCACAUCAUUAAGAGUCCUGCAGGCUCAGAAUGAGAUGCACUUGCCUGUACCAAUGAUUACAAUACUGAGCUGCGGAAAGAACUCUAUGGGUAAACUCAACCUUCUGGAGGAGCUCAUCCUUAUGCCCAGCUCAUCGCAAAGAGUCAGAGAAGUCAUCAGCAUGGGCCUUGAGCUGCAGUGUGAAAUAAGGAGAGUUUUGAAUGGAUCGGCAUAUAAAGCAGGGCCUAUAGGUAUAUCAGAUGAGGGAGCGUUAGAGGUUGGGUUUGAACAUCCCGAACAGGCUCUUGAUCUGGUCACAGAAGCUUGUGCUAACCUGGCAUUGCCUCUGGGUUCAGACCUGCGCUUGGCUAUAAACUGUGCAGCACAGGGCCUCAUGGACUAUUCCCGUGGGAAGUAUGAGGUCAUGUCAGGCUGUCACAAAUCCCCAGAUGAGUUGGUAGACAUGUAUGAGGGGCUGAUUAAUAAAUAUCCAGCUAUCAAAUCCCUCAUUGAUCCUUUCAGGAAAGAGGAUGUAGAUCAGUGGGAGAGACUGGCCUCAGUGAUUGGGCAGUCUUGCUGCCUAAUUGCAGAUGCUGCAUCCAAUCUCUGUCCUUGCUGGAGUGAUGCGAAACCCCUCCCACCUGGGGUCACUGGGGCCAUUAAUAGGCACCACAAUGAUAUGACCAUCUCUGACCUGAUACAAAGCAUAGCAGAGCAGAAAGAUGUAGAGACGAUACUGGCUGCUGGCUAUGGCGAUACAUCAAUUAUUGACCUGGCUGUAGGGUCAGGCGUGUCCUUUCUCAAACUGGGCGGGAUGAGAGGAGGGGAGCAAAUGGACAAAUACAAUCGUCUGAUAGCGAUUGAAGAGGAACUGGUGCAGGAGGGGAUCCUGGGUGCUGGAGAAAUAAAACAGCCUCUGUCAGAUCUUUCCGAAACAUUCAACUCCGGAAGCGGCUGCAACUCUGUGACCAUCUCUACUAAAUGACGUCUUGAUGUGACUUCAUCUCCUGUCUGCCUAAUAUUAUCACAGUAGGGUUUGUCUGACCUGACUGCAUGACAUCGAAUUCAUCUUAAUUAUAAUUCAUGUCAAAAUAUCAUUUUUAGUGCAAGACUGUAAACUGACUCACCUCAUCUAGCAAAAACAUUCCUUUGUCAUAUGCUUUAGUGCUUAUAGAUGGUUUAUACAUUAAAAAAAACAAAAAAAACAUAAAUGUUUAUUUUAAGUAAAGCCCACCCAAAAUUUUUGAUAUCUUUUAAUAUCACAGUAGACACAGUAAACAUUUCCAAAAAGACUUAUACCAAUAUAAUUAUUGUGAUUGAGAUCUAAUACCAAUAUAAUUAUUGUGAUUGAGAUCUAAUUUUGCCCACAAAAUUAAUUUAAUUAAGUGUGUC